AAAUACGCUAUAAAUACGAUAAUCAUCCAAAAAUUCAAGUAGUCGGGUUAAAGAUUUUAACCCAACAAUAUGGGGGAGACUUUUGGAUAUAAACUUGCUCAUCCAAAACCUGGAGAAGCUGUUGUAAUUUCAGGUUUAUCAGGAAGAUAUCCAGAUGCAGAUAACACACGAAUAUUCGCGGAAUCCCUUUAUAAUAAAAUCGAUUUGGUUUCUGAUGAUACAAGAAGAUGGAGAAAAACUCACGAUGAAAUUCCACAAAGAACAGGAAAAAUAAAUUUUAUUAACAAAUUAGAUGCGGGAUAUUUUGGAUUUCCACAACGCCAUGCUUAUUAUGCAGAUCCAAUGUUAAGAGUGACUCUUGAAAGAGCAAUAGAAGCCAUCAUUGAUGCCGGAUUUAAUCCAACGGAAUUAGAAGGGACAAAAACGGAUAUUAUUGUUGGCGUUUGUUCCUCAGAAACAGAAAAGAAAAUGUAUUACGAACAUCCGGUGCUAAAUUCUGGUGGGGUAAUGAGUUGCGCACGUUCAAUGGAAGCACAAAUAUUAAGCUAUUUUCUCAAAUUAACUGGAAAGUCAUUCAUCGUUGACACAGCUUGUAGUAGUUCAAUUCACGCCUUUAACAUAGCGUAUGAAAAUAUUAGAAAGGGUAUGUGUGAUCAAGCCAUUGUAACUGGGGUGAAUAUUUGUAUAUCGCCUUAUUUUUCGUUACAAUUUGCAAGACUUGGAAUGUUAAGUCCUGAAGGGAUUUGUCGAGCGUUUGAUCAAGACGCAAAUGGUUACGUUCGAUCUGAAUCCGCGGUAGCGAUUUUCUUACAAAAAGAAAAAAAUGCGAGAAGGAUUUAUGCUAGAACAAUUCAUUCGAAAGUGAAUAGUGACGGUUAUAAACCGAAUGGAAUUACUUAUCCCGCUAGCGAUGUUCAAAUUGCUUUAUUAAACGAAUUUUAUGAAGAAUGUGGCGUUUUACCAUCGACUAUUUCAUAUGUUGAAGCACACGGAACAGGUACAAAAGUUGGUGAUCCAGAGGAAGUAAUCGCCAUAAAUGAAGUUUUUUGUAAAAAUCGUAAAGACACAUUGUUAAUUGGUUCGACCAAAUCGAAUAUUGGGCACACCGAACCCGCCUCUUUUCUUUGUUCCUUAACAAAAGUAAUUUAUACUUUUGAAAAUAAUUUUAUUCCGCCGAACAUAAAUUUUAAAACACCGCGAUUGGAUGUCGAAGCUUUUCGUGAUGGACGAAUUAAAGUCGUUACGGAAAAAACGAAAUGGGAAAAUAAUAAUGGACUAAUUGCAAUUAAUAAUUUUGGAUUUGGUGGAGCAAACGGUCAUGUAUUAGUUCAGCAAUUUAAUAAAAAUAAAGAUAAAAGUAAAUUUAAAGAUAAUUUACCUAGAUUGGUUUGUGUUAGCGCUAGAACUCUAAAUGGUGUGUUAACAAUUAUGGAUGAUAUUAAAAAGGAAUCUGCUGAUUAUGAAUAUAUUGGAUUAUUUCACGAAAUAUUCAGCAAAUCAUUACCAAACGAACGAUUUAGAGGAUUCACAAUUAUUACACAAAACGAAGAAAAAACAAGAUCGAUUUGUGGCUAUUUUAAACAGAAAAAGCUUGCAUUUUUCUUCAAUACUUUCAACAAUAACCUAUCUGACAUCAUAAAAUCGUUAAUAAAAUUUAGCGCAUUUAAAAUAUCCAUAAAUAGAAUAUUUGGGGUUUUAAAUGGCUUAAAAUCAUACAAUAUAUUUGAAUUACUAACAAAUUAUAAACCGACAUACAUUACUCAUAAUUUAAUUCUAAACUUUGCAAUUCAUAUUGGUAUUGUUGAAAUAAUGAAACAAUUGGGAAUAGAACCGCAUUUUUAUUCAGGAAACUUUAUUGGUGAAUUGGUUUGUUGUUACAUGCAAAAUUUAAUGUCUUUAAAACAGAUUAUUCGAAUUAUUCUUAAAAUUUGUGAAGGAUACAAAAACGAAGAAGAUGAUCAACAAAAAUCACAUUUUGCAAUCUCUCAAGAGUUAACUAAUUUGAUUCCUUCAAAAAUCAUUAAUUCACAAAAAUGGAAGCAUUCUUACGAAACCAAUCAAGAAUUAACACCGACUUUAUUAAACUCUUUACUUUAUUUGAAAGAGAACGAAAUUUCUUCGCUAUUUUCUGCAAAUACAAUAAUUUUAAAUUGUGGUAAAUCACUCGAUUUAAAAACAACUAAUUUGAACGUUAUUGAUAUAUUUGGAAAUGAAGUGGAUGUCGUAUGUGGUUUAUUGACGUCUUUGGGGCGUUUGUAUCAAAAUGGUUUCAAUUUAAAACUUGAUCAGUUAUAUCCAAAAAUAAAAUAUCCCGUCAGUAAACAAACUCCAAUGAUUUCUCCGUUAAUCGAAUGGGAACACAAAAAAGAUCAAUUUGUUGUUGAUGGACUUAAUGUUAGUCGAGGCUUUGAACGUUAUGUUAUUAAUACGAAAUACAACGAUUGGUCUUUUAUAACAGGACACGUUGUUAAUGGAAAAAAUUUAUUUCCAGCCGCGGGUUAUUUAUAUUUAGUAAUGAACGCAGUAACCAAAAUAAGAUGGACUAAACUCAAUCAAAUAAAUUUAUGCAUGGAAAAUAUAAAGUUUAUACGGGCCACAACUGUGCCUGUAAAACAAAAUUUAUCUUUCGACGUUUUUAUUGAACCCAACGGGAUUUUUAAUAUAACUGAUAAAGAUGGUGUAAUUGUUUCUGGAAGAGUUUUUGAAUUAGACGAACCACCAUUAGACGAAUUCAUUAAUUUCGAAUUAACUGGAGAAAGUAAAUUAAAACGUCUUCAAACAAAAGAUAUUUAUAAAGAAUUUAAAUUAAGAGGAUAUAAUUACAAAGGUCAAUUUCGUGGAAUCCUCGAAUCAAACAACCUAGCAAACUCUAUGAAAUUAAAAUGGGAUGACAAUUGGAUAACUUUCAUCGACAGUAUGUUGCAAAUACAAAUUUUACAAAAAGAUACAAGAAAUCUAUUCGUACCAACUUUUAUUCAGCAAAUAAUAAUUUAUUCAAAAGCUCAUUUUGCAAGUAUAAAAAAUAAUUGCGUUGACGUAAAAGUUAAUAAUAAUUCGAGAAUAAUAAGAUCUGAAGGAAUCCAAAUUCGUCAAAUAGAAUUUAAACAAAUUUCUAAAAGAAAGCCAUUAUCAGAACCGGUUAUAGAAACGUACAAAUUUAUUCCAAACAAAACAUUGUUAACUUUAGAAGAAUCGAUAAGGAUUAACGUUCAAAUUAUCUUAGAAAAUAACCCUCAAAAAGAAUUAAAAUCGUUUGAAAUGUUUGAAAGUAAUAAUAAAAAUCGAGAACCACUCAGUUUAAUAUUACAACAAGCCGUUGAAGAUCAACCAUUAAUUCAAGCGGAUAUAAAAUUAUUUUCUGAUAAACCAAUCGAUUUAACGGGAGUUACUUUAAGCGAUAAACCCGUUAAAUAUGAAUCCGGAUUACAUUUAGUGAUUGCCAAUAACCUUUUAAGCGAUGGAAAUAAUUUUAGUGAAAUUAUAAACGUUUUAGAACCCAACGGAUUUAUUUUAGCCCGCGAAGAAAAAAACAUUGAGAAAUUAUUUGAUGUUCCCGCUUUAACAAUUUUCACCAAACACGCCAUUUUAAACACAAAUGAAAUGUUGAUUUUAUUGAAAAAAACGCCGAAACAAAAUGUCGAAAAUUAUUUCGAACUCGCAAAUAAUUUCCAGGAUUUUACUUGGAUUCCAAAAUUAAAAGAAGAAUUACAAAUUAAUCCUAAUGCGGUUAUUGUAUCAAAAGGAAGGGAUUUGAACGGAAUUUUAGGUUUUGUUAAUUGCUUACGAAGAGAACCCGGAAAAACGAAUGUAAAAUGCGUUUUUAUAAUGGACGAUAUCAACUUUAAUAUUAAAGAUAAAUUCUUUCAAGAUCAAUUACAAAAAGGAAUGCAUAUUAAUGUGCUUAAAGAUUCCAUUUGGGGAACAUAUCGUCAUUUAAUUAUUAACGAAACUACUAAAUGUUUUUCAGAACAAACAUUUGUCGUUGUUAAAAAUCCCGGUGAUUUAUCCACUUUAACAUGGGUUGAGGGUCCAUUAAAAUAUGAUUCGAUUGUUGAAAAAGACGAGAUUCUAGUUCACGCUUAUUACUCAUCGUUGAAUUUUAAAGAUGUUUUAUCGGCAUCAGGACGAAUUCCUUCCGAUAUGAUUGCAACAACGAGAGUUUUUAGACAAGGAUAUGAAGGAUUAGAAUAUUCGGGACGUGAUUCAAAUGGACGAAGAGUAUUUGGAAUGUGCCAAAGGGGUGCUCUUUCAACUUUAAUUCCAGCUGAUAAGUACUUAAUAUAUGAUAUCCCUGAUAAUUGGUCGAUGGAAGAUGCUGCGACAGUUCCUGUUGUUUAUUCAACGAUUCUUGUUGCUUUUAAAAGAGCUGGUGGAUUAAAUAAAGAAAAAACAAUAUUAAUUCAUUCUGGUGCUGGUGGUGUUGGUCAAGCAGCAAUAAACUUAGCCUUAUUUUACAAAUGCACAAUAUUCACAACUGUUGGUUCUCAAGACAAACGAGAUUUCCUACUAAAACAAUUCCCAAGUUUAAAUCCAAAUAAUAUCGGAAACUCCCGAGAUACAUCAUUCGAAACUUUAAUUUUUUCCCAAACGAAAGGACGUGGGGUUGAUAUUGUUUUAAAUUCGUUACCGGGUGAACGCCUUUAUGCUUCUUUGCGUUGUUUGGCAAGAAAUGGACAUAUGCUUGAAAUAGGAAAACUUGAUUUGAUGAUGAACAACGAAAUAGACCUAUUAGUUUUAAAGAAAAAGAUUCAUGUACACGGAAUAAUGUUGGAUGUUGUUAUCGUUGGCGAUGAUAAAGAAAAAAGGAAUGUACAAAAUAUGAUGCAUGAAGGUUUAAAAAAUGGUUCGAUACAACCAUUAACUCGAACGAUUUUUACUCAAGAUCAAAUCGAAGAUGCUUAUCGUUUUAUGUCCACCGGAAAACACACGGGAAAAGUACUAAUUAAUCUUCGAAACGAAGAAAGAGAAUCAAACAUCAUUCCCAAAAAGGAUUUAUUUCAAUGCACAUCAAAGUUUUAUUGCGAUCAAAAUAGUUCGUAUAUUAUCAUCGGUGGUCUGGGUGGAUUCGGUUUGGAAUUAGCGGAUUGGUUAGUGGUUAAGGGUUGUAAACAUUUGGUGUUGGUUUCAAGAAAAGGAAUCACCACGGGGUAUCAAGACUUAAGAAUACGAUUUUGGAAAAAAUAUCUUGAUAAUAUCGUUAUUUCGAACGCCGAUGUUACAAAUGAAAAGGGUUGUAUUGAAUUAAUUGAUGAAGCGCAAAAAUUAGGACCCGUUGAUGGCAUUUUUAAUCUUGCUGUUGUUUUAAAAGAUGGUUUAUUCAACGAUCUCACAUCAAUCGAUUUCGAAGAAUCUUUUAAACCUAAAGCUCUUGCUACUAAAAAUUUAGAUCAGAUAUCACGCGAAUUUUGUCUUAAUUUAAGAUAUUUUGUUGUUUUUUCUUCCGUAUCUUGUGGAAGAGGUAACUCAGAACAAACAAAUUAUGGAAUGUCAAAUUCGGUAAUGGAAAGAAUUUGUGAACAAAGGCAUAAAGAUGGUUUGCCAGCUUUAACAAUACAAUGGGGGGCAAUUGGAGAUGUCGGUUUAGUUGCUAAUAUGAACGAAAUGAAUCGAGAAGUCGUAAUUGGUGGCACUUUACAACAAGGAAUUUCAAACUGUAUUGAACGUUUGGAAAAUUUUCUCUGUCACGAUGCCACGAUUAUUUCCAGUAUGGUAGUUGCUGAAAAACAUGCUGGUGCUAACGUUCAAGAAGUUAUUUGUAAUAUUUUGGGUAUAAAAGAUAUAAAAACGAUCAAUUUACAAUCAACCCUCCCAGAACUUGGUAUGGAUUCAAUAACAGGCGUUGAAAUUAAACAAAUUAUCGAAAGAGAUUUUGAUAUUAGUUUAACACCUCAAGAAAUUAAAACGAUGACUUUUACAAAAUUGAAAGAGCUUUCAGAUAAAAGAGAAAUAAUCGAAGAUAUCAAAUCAAAACCUAAAACAGAAUCAACAGAUUGGUUGAGUAUUGUGUUACGAAACAUGAAACAUCCUCAUUUACGUAACGUGCCUUUUAUAACAUUACCUUCAUUGAUUGAGGAUAAAGAAGAUGCUCCAGAAAUAUAUUUAUUACCGGGAAUUGAGGGAAUGUGCAGUGUUUUAAAGCCUUUAACUUCCAUGUUAAAAUGUAAAACAAUCGGAUAUCAAUAUUUAUUUACAGCUAGAAAUGAUAACAUCCAAAUGUUAGCCGAAGAUAUUUUUGAAAAUUUUCCUAAAAACAAAAAGAAAAUUACCCUUAUUUCUUAUUCUUAUGGUUGUAUGGUUGGUUUAGAACUUGCUGAUUUAUUAGAACAACACGAAAUCAUUUGCAAUUUAAUUUUUAUUGAUGGUGCGCCAACAUAUUUUAAAAAAAUGUUCCACAGAAUAUUCAUCAUUGAGAAUGAAGAUUAUCUAAAAACUACUUUGUUAUUAGAACUCAUAUCGUCAAAUGCACCAAGUGAUGUUUCAAUUAACAUCAAGAAUAAAAUCUUAAAAUGUUCAUCUUUUGACGCUCAACUCAAAACUGUGUUAGAUACAGUUUCAAAUCACGAACAUUUUUCAAGGGAAUAUAUCAAGGAAUCUUAUUAUGCAAUCCAUAAACGAUUACAAGGAAUCAAAAAUUAUGUCCCAACCAAAAAUAAAUUAAAAUCUAAGGCAAAAUUAUUUAGACCUAUUAAUAAAGAGGUUGAGCCCGAUUAUGGAUUAUCAAAAUAUUUUGAAAAUCAAAUUCAAGUUAAGAUUAUUGAUGCAGACCAUGUCUCUAUUUUACAUAACUCUGAGGUGAUCAAUGAAAUUAAUUCUUUAAUCAAGAAUGACUCGAAAUAACGAAAAAACUAAUUAUUAAUUAAAAAUGCUUGGGUAUUAAUUGUUUUUGGUUUGGAUUUGCUUUUAAUUUUUUUUUGCUUAAUAAAAAAUACUUGUUUGAAUCAGCAUCAUAAAAGUGUUUUCUUGUAGCUCCAUCUAUUAAUUUAAUAAAGAACUAAGCAAUAUAA